AUGGGCGCCCCGUUCAUACCUCGAGCGGUCUUCCCGACCCUCGACUCACUCCCUCGGUCCUACUUCCUCGGCCACCACCGCUCCGGACUCACAAAGAUGAAAAGUCUCCUGUCGUCCAUCGAUUUGAUUAUCGAAUGUCGAGACUAUCGCGUACCACUAAGCUCAAGAAACCCCCUCUUUGAGAGCAGUCUCGCCGGGCGCGAGCGCCUGGUCGUAUACACGAAGCGGGAUCUCGGUAGUCAAGAGACAAGAGCUGAUGCUCAGAGGGAGCUGCUGCUGCGGAAGUGGCUCGCGCCCUCAUCCGUCCUUUUUUCGGACCACAGGGACCGGCAAGAUGUGAAGCGUAUCCUCAAUCAUGCGAAAGCUCAUGCCUCCGCCUUGAAUACACUGACCGGAUCACGCCUGCUGAUCGUCGGUAUGCCCAACGUUGGCAAAUCCUCGCUGCUUAAUGCACUCCGACAAGUCGGUAUUGGGAAAGGCAAAGCUGCACACACAGGUGCGCAACCGGGUGUGACCCGCAAGAUCGGCACAACCGUUAAGAUAGUGGAGGGUUCCGAAGGCAGUGGAGAAGGGAUCUAUCUUCUGGACACGCCUGGCGUCUUCGUUCCAUACAUACCCGACGCCGAAGCCAUGCUCAAGCUCGCAUUAUGCGGCAGCGUGAAGGACACUAUCAUACCUCCGACCACAUUGGCCGAUUACCUGCUAUAUCACAUGAAUCGCAACUCGUCGAACCUCUACUCCGCUUACCAUUCACCAACGAACGACAUCACCUCGCUGCUGGAAGCGGUAGCUCAGAAAACAGGGCGUCUACAGAAGGGCGGUAUACCAGACACUGAGGCAUCAGCGCUGUGGUUAAUUCAGCGCUGGCGCAACGGCCAUCUGGGACGCUUCAUGCUGGACGAGGUCACGGAAGAGGCAUUGAGAAAUGCCCAGGACCCUAAGGAGUUUGCGCCCAGUUUUAGUCAAGCAAAAAGAGCAGACAAAGACGCUAAAAGAGCAAGGUCGCGAUCAAUGAGUGUAACAGCAGCCUGA